UGUCAGUUCAAUCAAAAUUGUUGUAUCUUCAGCCCGCUUGCGUGUACCGUGCGGUUUUUCUGAAAUUUAUUUUACAUUUUUAGUUUUACCAUCAUGUCGUCGCCAAAGUCUCCAGAUGAGUUGGAUGAGUUGGUUGAUAUUGACAUCACGUUGAUGACCCUCAGGAAGCCGACUGAAUUGAAAAAAGUGAUCGAUUCCGUACCAAAGCCAGUGCGCGCAGUGCCCAAAAAUGGUCUUCCGAUGUGGUACAGGCUGGGUCUUGAAUCCAAGCUUCCCGUACCGAAAAUGCCGGAGGGAAGAAUCGUUUUUGCGCGUGGAAAAAUCGGAGAAGACGUCAGGCGUGUGGGCCUCGGCGGCACAGGUCCCAGGCCCACCUUCGACCUCACGGACCCCUACUGCCACAGCGUGUCCUACGACUAUGUACCCAUGCACGACCCACACUUGGCCCACCACUUCGCCCAGAAACCGGCCCGCAACAGGAUGAAGAUCCUCGGAUUCUGCACCAAAGAUGGCAGAGCAGUUUGUUCAUUGAAGGAGUUCAAUCAAUAUAGGAAGUAUUUAUAUAAUCAGUUCAUGGAUAGGAUACACCAAGAGAUGAAGCGAUUGGACGAACGAGCUCGCGAUGACCUGACCUUGAGAAGGGUAGAAGUAGACGUAGCGCGGCGACUGCAGGUGUUCACCAAGGCGGAGAAGGCUCGGGAACAUCUGGAGAGAAUAGCACAGGAGCAAGCGGACGUGUGGGCGGAGAAGAAGAGGCUCGCAAGAGAACAAGAGAAGAAAAUCCAAGCCAGGAUGAAAUAUCUCGCCGAGUUCAACGAAAAACAGCGCAAAGAGCGAGCGGCGCGUGCGUAUGAGAAACAGAAUAGAAUAAAGCAAAGGGUCCAAGCUGCGGCAGAGAUGGAGCUACGGAGGAAGAUCACCAUGGUGCGGCAGUGGAGAGCCAAUGAGAAGAAGCGGGUGAACAGACUCAAGCAGGAGAAGGAGGCCAAAGAGAAGAGGUUGGAGACUGAGGCAAACGACAAAUGGGCUGCGAGGGUGAACGCUCAAAACAAAAAGAUUCAAGAAGAAUCGAUGCUUCUGAAGAUGUACAGCGAAGAUAUGAACGCUGGCGCUAUGAGGAGAGCUAAGAAAGCGGAGAUCUAUGCCUACAACACGGACUUGGAGCUGCAAAGGAUCAGGCUGGCCAACUGGAAGCUCAUGCAUGGUGGAAAUGCGAAGGCGGUUGGUCUGGUCAGGAAAAUGGGCGUGGAGUUUGAAAAGUCCAAACGUGGAGCCAAGGGUAUGAGCCUGGAGUUGGCGCACAAGAUGGCCAACGAAGCCAUGGCUACGGCGCUGUCGACACAGGGCGACACGCUUAUGACUCUGGGACAGGCACGAGCUAAAAUGGACAUCGAGACUAUUCUACCUCCCGCACCUAUCAAAUUACUAGACGAGAUCCUGGACAGCGUGGUGAUGGAGUUCGCUCGUAGACGUGUGAACCUGCUUCUCCGUGACGUGGAGAGAGUGGUCAGACAUCGUGCAGCCGACGUGUUCUUCGAGGACUACCGCCCGAAACCUAAGAAGAGAGGCAAGAAACCAAGGAGGUAUUCUAUCCAGCAAGCGGCGGAGAUGGUGCACCAAUACGCAACGGUCCGCGGCCAGUCGAUUCUGUUCGGUGAAAUAGGUUACAUUCAGAAUGAGGAAACUACAGACCAGGUCAUGAAGAGUGUUAAAGAUCGACCGCCCACCCCUGUGCCAUCUAGAACCAAGCUGGCAGAAGUUACGUUCAUAGACAGGAUUGAAGAUUUGCCUGAUCCAGUUGCGGUGGCGUCCUACCUUCCUGAGAGAAGAAAACUAUUGGAGAUGGUGAACGCGGCUGCUAGGAUCCUGUCGAGGAAUGCGAGUGAAAUGGUGCAUAAAGGCAUGGAUGUCACCAUCGGCACAGUCACGCUUCCAGUGAUGAGACAUCCAAUGGAAUGGGGUGAAGUAGUAGAAGGGCUCGCGUCAGCAGUAGUGGACAACAGGGUGAAUGCUGACUGCGGUGACGUUCGGCGCACGGGAGAGUUCUUAGCCAACCGCAUACUCAAAUCUCUGCUGGCUGAGAUGAAGAUUGAGAAGGAGAAAAAGAAAAAUCCACCGCCGCCUGAGCCGGAGGAGUCUCCAUCAGACUUCUACGUUCCAGAUAGCGAAGCCGCUGCCCCGGAAAAAACUGACUUGCCCAACAACUGAGAAGACUGAGAAAGCAGAGAAGAAAGUAGAAAGGAACCAGUUGAGACUGUUGUAUUGAUAUUUAUUUGUAUUUUUGUGCAAGUAACAAAAUCAUUUUUUUACAGUUUUCUAUUGUCAUUUGUUCUACGGUCUAUUGUGAACUCGUAUCGUUUUGUAAUAAAGAGAACUCAUACACUUUUA